CUGAAGCCAGGCUCACAGACUCCAACAGCCUGGGAUCCAGUCCGCAGGGCAUGUGCUGGUGUGUGGGGGCGGCUGUGAGGAGUGAGGAUGAGUGAGGAGGAGCUGGAGACCCCUGGCCUGGGUGGGGGGCUCGGAGCCGAGCAGAAAACCGCCUUCGCCUUCGUCAUCUUCCUGCUGGUCUUCCUGCUAGUGCUCGUGGUGCGGUGUUUCCGUAUAUUACUGGAUCCCUACAGCAGGAUGCCCUCCUCCUCCUGGGCCGAGGGCAAGGAGGGACUGGAGCGAGGACAGUUCGAUUAUGCCCUGGUGUGAGGGUGGGGGGAGGGUCCCACUGUUCACUGUCACCGAUAUUUAUUUCCUGUUAAAACCAGCUUGUGCUUUUGGUAUUUCCCCCCCACCAAACUUGCCUUAAUGUCUUGUAGCUGCAAUCUGAAAUAUAACCUUUUCCUCUGUAUUAUACAGCUCAAGCUCAGCACUUGGACACCAACCAACCCCAGUGAGAGACUUCGAGAGAGAGAGUGAGGGAGAAUGAGAGAGAAAGACCUGACAGAGAGAGAGAGUUAGACAGACAGAGAUGAGAUCAUUUCAGUACCAAGCUCCAGAUGCACUUACCAUCCUGAGUCAUUGAUCACUGACCGAAUAUUGAGAUUUUUUUCUACUCUCCCCCUCACCGUCCACACUAACCAGAGGACACUGUGAGCGAGGACACACUCACUGUUACCCACUUACUCAGGCUGGGCUCUGACACGUGUGUAUGGGUGUGUGUGAAUGUGUGUAACCAAUGGCCACAGAUCUCAAGCUAAUGCUUCAAAUGAACAGGUUUAUAUUGUUCCUGUUAGCCCGAGUUCUGCCGGGGGCGGCCAAACCAACCCUUCACCCAUCCAUCACCUGUGACAUAGUGGUCUCUUGAGCGCUCAAAAAUUCUGCCAAGUUUUAGCCGUGAGAUAAUUUUGCCCUAAAAUUUAAGACCAUGCAAAAUGAUGUAAAAUUCAGAUUUAAUUGGAAAGCCGGUUCCUUCCAGUGAAGAGAAAAACGACUCCAAACAACUCCAUGUAAGAACUUUCCACAGUUCCAUAUCAAAUUACAUUUGAACGCAUGGUGGUGACAGGCUAAAACUAGGAGGAAUUUCAGAGGAAUCUUAUUGUUGUGUGUGUGUGUGUGUUUUGCCAUUGUUCUGCUGUAGACAGUAAAUCCCGGUAUUACAGACCCCCAGCAAAGGGCAGCUGUGUGUAACCUGCCCACUGAGAGACUCACAUCACAGGCUAUUCAUCUCCGCAUUCAAUCCAUAUCGCAUGGAAACGUUUCAAAGCAUUUCACUGUUGCUGUCAAGUGUUGUGGCUGAAUGUAAAGGACAGGUUAUUCCAGAGGAACAAAACAUGCAGGUCAGUCAGAGAUAUGACUGUGAGAUUCUGGAUGUAUUUUUUUAAAGAAGCAAUAAGCACAUCUGUGGAUGAUCAGUGUCCUGCUGGCCUGGGGAUGGGGUGAACUGAAACUUCACCAAAAACCAGAGACUGGGAGCAUUGCUGCAAUACUUCUGUCAGACUCAUAGUCACGACCCUCUGACAGGAUUUUUUGGAAAGGCUACAGUCUCUGUGGUGGGUGACUUAUAGAUGCGUGUGUAUAUGGGUCUGAGCUGAUCAGGAAGGAAUAUAUACAGUCCAAUAUUUGGUGACAGGGACAGAAAGAGAUCAAUACUUUACCACUGUGAUUGUCUGAACGUCCUUCGGUAAUGGCUGAUCAGCCCCGGCUGAUUGAUACGUUUCUCGCUAAUUCUGUGUUGAUAUUUCUUAAGUGUCUUAAAUAAAAUGACAAACAGA